AUGCCGAUCACACGUGUUCACGCUCGUCCUAUCUACGAUUCACGUGGUAAUCCAACUGUCGAAGUUGAUUUGACCACUGAUAAAGGUAUUUUCCGUGCGGCCGUACCAAGUGGUGCUUCAACUGGUGUACAUGAAGCGCUUGAACUUCGGGACAAUGACAAAGCUGUCAAUCAUGGAAAAGGUGUUCUGCAAGCUGUCAGAAAUGUCAACGAACAUAUUGGACCCGCUCUGGUUGCUAAGAAUUUUUGUCCAACUCAACAACGUGAAAUCGAUCAUUUUAUGCUGGAGCUGGAUGGGACCGAAAAUAAAGCGAAACUAGGUGCUAAUGCAAUUCUGGGUGUUUCAUUGGCAGUUUGUAAGGCUGGUGCCGUACAUAAAGGUAUGCCGUUGUAUAAAUAUAUAGCGGAAUUAGCUGGUACCAAACAGAUUGUUCUGCCAGUUCCUGCGAUGAAUGUCAUCAAUGGUGGUUCACAUGCUGGUAACAAACUGGCAAUGCAAGAAUUUAUGAUCAUGCCUGUUGGAGCUAGCUCAUUCAGCGAGGCAAUGCGUAUGGGUUCCGAAAUUUACCAUUAUUUGAAGAUUGGAGCUUUAACAGGAUUGCACUGUAAAUAUUUACAGGCUGAGAUUAAAAAACGCUAUGGUCUCGAUGCAACGGCGGUAGGUGAUGAAGGUGGUUUUGCUCCAAAUAUUCAGGAUAAUAAGGAAGGUCUUGAUUUGCUGAAUACAGCUAUUGCAACGGCUGGAUACACGGGAAAAGUAGCAAUUGCUAUGGAUUGUGCCGCAUCCGAAUAUUAUAAGGAAGCGGAUAAGCUGUACGAUUUAGAUUUCAAAAAUCCAAAUUCGGAUAAAAGCCAGUGGAAAACUGGUGAUCAGAUGAUGGAAAUUUAUCAAUCCUUCAUUAAGGAAUAUCCAGUGGUGUCAAUUGAAGAUUGGUUUGACCAGGAUGAUUGGGCCAAUUGGACCAAAGGAUUGGCCAAUACGCAUAUUCAAAUUGUUGGCGAUGACUUAACUGUCACAAAUCCGAAGAGAAUUGCGAUGGCUGUCGAGAAGAAGGCUUGCAACUGCCUGUUGCUCAAGGUAAAUCAAAUUGGCUCUGUGACAGAAUCAAUUGAUGCGGCUAACUUAGCUCGUAAAAAUGGAUGGGGUGUGAUGGUAUCGCAUCGUUCGGGUGAAACCGAAGAUACAUUUAUUGCUGAUCUCGUCGUCGGUCUUGCUACUGGACAGAUCAAAACUGGAGCACCAUGCCGUUCGGAGCGUCUCGCCAAAUACAAUCAGAUACUUCGUAUCGAGGAAGAACUUGGAUCAGCCGCAAUUUAUGCCGGUCAAAAAUUCCGAGAUCCUCAAGCAUAG